AUGAAGACGUGGGAGGCCUUUGGCGCCGGCUUGGCCGUCGUGGCCUCCGUUGUAUCAAAUUUGGGUUUAAAUAUUCAAAAGUACUCACACAUGAGUGAAGCUGCGCGACCCGUAAAUGAGCGCAGGCCCUACAUCCGACGUCCUGUGUGGUGGAUCGGCUUAUCGCUUGUGAUUUUGGGAAGUUUGGGCGACUUUGCCGCCUUUGGCUUUGCCACACAGUCACUUGUUGCUGCGCUGGGUGGUGGAUCGACUCUUGUGGCCAACGUCUUUACAGCGCAGUGUCUUAAUGGAGAAAAACUUUACAAGACGGAUGUCAGUGGCGUAUUAUUCGUGAUAAUGGGAGUAGUGAUGAUUGCUUGGAUUUCUGAGCCAAAUGUUGAGUAUCCGCUGCCGGAACUUGAGUUAAGAUUCGUUCGAACACCCUUCGUGGUGUAUAUUACUUGUGUUGGAGUGUGUACUGUGAGCAUGUUAGCUACAAUCAAAGGCUCUGUUGCCAACCGGCUGAAGAACCAGGUUUAUUGGUCCAAUAAGCGCCAAAAGAAAUUGAUGAAGAAAUUUGAACUUCGGGUCCAAAGACUUGAACAGAGGCUUUUGGAGAUGGAAGUUAAAUUAUUGCAAGUUUCAACUUCACCUGCACCGUUGCCCACAGGUCUCUUCCAUCCUCCUGCAAUAAGCAGAGAACUGCGGGAUUUAAUUAACGCAACAAAUGCAGAAGAUGCUGCGACUGAGGAAGAGGUUGCCGCUCAGGAAUCUCGAGUUCCAUUCUAUUACGCUAUUUGCUCUGGUAUCGUUGGGGCAAUGACAGUGCUAUUAGCUAAGUGUUCGGCUAUCAUGAUUGCCUUGACUCUAAAGGGGGAUAAUCAAUUUAAGUAUGGCCUCACGUACAUUUUUUUGGGUGGAAUGUUUGUCUGCAUUCUAGUGCAAACCCAUUUUCUCAACAUUGCGACGGCCAUGGGUGACAUCAUGACUGUGUUCCCCAUUUUUCAAGCCUGUUGGAUUACUUUUAGUGUCGUGGGAGGCGCCGUCUUUUAUCAUAACGACGAUGAGCCUCUUCCUACAACAGAAAAAGUUUUUUAUCCCUUAGCGCUUCUCUUUAUCGCUGUUGGUGUCGGACUGCUGGUGCAACACAAUUCCUCACCAUUUGAUUUUCCAGCAAAAGGUGGUGGCAAAUUUGAUUUGGCUUCGCGUGAUACAACAUUAGGCGUUUACGACGACGAUGGCAUUUCAGACGCGUGUAUGAGUUUGCCGCUGCUUCCUGCGGACUCGCGAGAGAAUGAGGGCUAA